GGAAGCAGAACGUCUGAUUGCUUGAUUUUCUCCCCAAGAGUUUAUGGACGAAGGAGGAGGCAAGAAAAACAGGGCGUUAUUCCACAGUCUUUUGAUUAGAAGACUCUUCGAGACGGGAGGCAACCAUGACGUCAAAGAGGUCCAUCAGUGAGACUUCAUCUCCUAACCAGGGAGCCUCCAGCAGCACAGGGGAGCCUCCUGCCAAAAAGGUCUAUGUAGAACCUUACAGCAUAGGAUCAGUUUCCUCACAGGAGGAAAUGGAUAUCAAAGUGCUGCGAUUUCAGAAUAAAAAGUUGGUCGAGAGACUUGACAUUCGGAGUGUCCUGGAGAAUGAUCUUAGAGGGCAAAUUGAACGUCUCCAACAAAGACAGAACACAGAUGAAUAUGUCCUGGGAUUGAUGAAUCAAUACUGGACACAGCUUGAAGAAGAUUUAAGGAUCUUAUUAGAGAGGUUCAAGGUCCCUGUCACCGAGACCAAACCAGCUGUAGUUAGCUUUCCACCUGUCAUCAGCUUUCCACCUAUCAAACCUGACCCUGAACCAUCACCAGAAAUCAAGACAGAACCAGUCACAAUCAAACAGGAAAUCAAACAGGAACCUGGGAUAGAGGUCAAAGUUGAACCAGUAGAGGUCAAGGGUCAGGGGUCAGAUUGUAAUAUGGAAGGAUCUGAUGAUUCACAGGAGAGGAUAUACAUGGAUAGUGAUAGUAAAGACAGCAUAAAAGAAGAAAAGAAAGCCAAUGAAGAGAUCACAUCAUUCCUUGCCAUGAUGUCUAGCUGUGAUCAAACAGAGAUAGAUAUCAGACUCAAAGAGCGUUGUAAGUUUUCUACAGAAGCAGUCUCCAAGCUACUCCAGUCUUUUGAUGAUCUCAAGAGUAGACAGGAAACAUUUGUCAAAGAGAUGGCAGUCACAGAGUCUGAGCAAGGUUUAAAGAUGGUAAAUGAUCAGCUAUAUGAAGAAAACAAGAGAUUGACUGACAUGAUGGCUUCAUUACAGGAAAGACAAAGAGAAACCACUAUGAAGUAUACUGGUUACAGUGAUAAGCUUGUAUCAGUUGAAACCAAACUUGCUGAAGCUCAUAACCAAAUGGAUGAUCUUCAGUAUGAUCUUAACCAGGCCAAGCAAAGAGCGUUCAAACUAGAACUUCUUCUAGAAGAAAGCUAUACUAAACUAAAAACGGCAACCUUCAUCGGAGGAUCUGGUGAUGGAUCAGGUGGAUUAGCAUCAAAACAGCUUCAGAGUAUUGUGAAUGAUCUUGAAGAGAACAAAGACUUAGCUUCAAGUCGUCUUAAUGACCUGGAGAAGCUUCAAGAGAAAUACCAAGAUGUUGUCAAAGACCUAGAGCAGUCAAAGAUGAAUAUUAAACUAUUACCUGAGCAUGUGAUAAAGGAAACAGCCACCUACAAAUGUCUUCAGUCUCAGUUCUCAGUGUUGUACAAAGAAGCUCAAGAGAUGAAAUCACAGAUGGAAGAUGCUCGGGCAUUAUUACAACAAACCAAGAAUACACAUCUCAGACAGAUUGAACAGAUGGAGAGCGAUGAACUUGCCUGUCAGAAAAAGUUACGUACAGAGGUGAUGCAGCUUGAAGAUAAUCUAGCUCAGGUACAGAAGGAAUAUGAGAUGCUGAGGAUAGAGUUUGAACAGAAUCUAGCUGCUAAUGAACAAGCAGGUCCAAUCAACCGUGAGCUUCGUCAUCUCGUAUCCAGUUAUCAGAGUCAUAAUGCCCAACUCAAAGGAGAGAUAAGCCGCUACAGGAGGAAAUUAAAAGAAGCACAGGUUGAAAUAUCUAAGUUAAAAACUGAAGUUGAGAAACAUGGUCAACUUGGCAAUAGCACCUCACAUCACGGCGGAACAUCAAGUUCAUCAUUGGGAUCUUCCUCAGGGAGUGGAAGCAGUAGUAGCAACAGUAAUAGCAAGGAUGCCAGCUCAGAACACAGGGAAGGUGGGCAUGAUCAAUCUAAGCGUGAUGACCACACCCACCACCACCACCACCAUCAUCAUGUGGAUGAGAGGAAGGAAAGAGAGAGGAAGAGGGAGGAUAGUGGAAAGGAUGGAAUGAAGAAUGAGUCAGAUCUGGUCAAAGAACUAAGAGCAUCAUUGAAGAAAGCUCAGGAGAGUCAGAAAGAACUCAAGUUGCUGCUUGAUAUGUACAAGGGUCUAGCAAAAGAGCAGAGAGAAAAAGCGCAGAUAAUGUCUAAUGAGAGGAAGGCUAGGAUGGAGAUCGAUGAACUCCAGAAAAGAAUACGCCACCUAGAGGAGAGGGAGAGACAGGAGAGUAGAAAGAUGGCUGAUGACGAUGCCAUGAGAAAGAUACGAGCACUCGAAGAAGGCAUUCAUCAGCUUCAAAAGAAACUUGCUGAAAAGAAACAGGAGGAGGAAGCUCUUUUAUCUGAAAUGGAUGUAACAGGCCAAGCCUUUGAAGACAUGCAAGAGAUGAAUACAAGACUCUUACAACAACUCAGAGAAAAGGAUGAUGCUAAUUUCAAACUCAUGUCUGAGAGGAUAAAAUCGAAUCAGAUCCACAAGUUAUUAAGAGAAGAGAAGGAUGUUCUAGCUGAUCAGGUAGGGACGUUACAAACCCAGGUUGAUGCUCAGAAUCAGGUUGUGAGGAAGCUGGAAGAGAAAGAGAGGGUGUUGCAGACUACAUUGAGUACUGUAGAGAAAGAACUUACUCUAAGACAACAAACCAUGGAUAUGCAUAAAAGAAAGGCCAUGGAUAUUGCUCAACAAGCUGCAGAUUUAAAACUGAAGCUAGAUAAGAUAGAUGGAACAACGGAAGAACUCCAGAGGAUAGUGAAAGAAAAGUCAUCGGCAGUAGAGCAAGAGAAUCAUAAAUUUAGGAGAGCUCAGGAGGAAUGCGUGAGCUUAAAACGUAAGGUGGAGAGGUAUAAGAGAAUGGAACUAGCAAGCAGUGCUGAUGAGGUCUUAGCAGAAGAAGUCAGAUCAUUGAAGGAACAACUGACCUGCCCAUGCUGUAAGAAAGGUCGCAAAGACGUGGUCCUCACAAAGUGCUUUCAUGUCUUCUGCUUCAACUGUAUCAAGACGCGAUAUGAAACCAGACAGAGAAAGUGUCCCAAGUGCAAUGCUGGCUUUGGAGCCAAUGACUACCAUCGAAUAUGGUUAGACUGAGGAUAUUUCAAAGUUGUUUUAACUUUGCCUCCUGGACUGGUGAUGUCAUUGCGACUUUGAUGGUGAUGAGAGAUUGACUGUAAUGUUUUUGUAACAGCUGAUGAAAAUUGGGCUGGUGUUGAGUUUGGCUGUGUCAAUGAGCCUAGUAUGAUGGCAAUGAUAUAAGAAUAAGAAAGAUUGGAAUAUAUGUGAAUGUUACAAGGGGUAACCAGCUGAAAUAUGGAUUUUGAUUACAUUGAAUCAAUUGAUCAUGUUAAUCAAUGAUGGCAUGGAGGAAAAGCCUCUUAUCUGAUGUCUCACUAUGUGGAAAGAAUUGAUUUGUCUCUGUUAUUGAAAAUGUGAUGCCGAGUUGCUUGUAUGAUACAAUACGCUGCUUGAUUGACCAGACUUUGACUUUUACCCCCAUUUAACCAAUGUCAUUCUGCAUGGUUGUAUCAAUCAUUUAUAUUCAAUUUAUCACAUCCAUAUCAUUAGCUAAAUUUAUCUACUUGUGUGAUGGGGAAGAACUCCAUUUUUUGUAGGACAUUCCAUAAGGUGAUAUUCUUUUGUUCUUUGCAGCAAAAUAGUGGCACUGUCCAUCAUUAGUUCACUUGGUUUGUGAUAUUUCAUUGCAUCAUUAGAUAAUACCAGAUAAGGAUAUAUUUUUUCACUGUCCUCAGAUAUAGUCAAGUAACUCAAUUUUGCUAAUAGCAAAGUCAAUAUUCCUUUGUACAUACACACCAAAGAUUAGUAUUAAUCAUGGUUCCAACAUCAUUAAAUGGUGCUGUAUUCCAAUCUAUAUCAGACUUUGCUUGAAUCAUGUUCAUUUAAGUGUACUGUAAACUCAAUCUUGUAUGUCCGAUCAUUCCAUCUAUAAAAAAAAAUCAACCUACCCCUUCCCAAACCCUCUCUGCCAGACACCAUUGCUUGCAUACUCCAAAGCCUUGUUUAGAUAUUACUAUUUUUUAUACAGUGUUCAGAUAUGGUUAGACAGCUUUCUCUGAUGAAGUUUAUACCUGCAUAUUAUUAUGUUUGUGGCCAAUCAACUGUGCUCAAGUGAGUUUGUGUGCACUCUGUAAUGAUUGUGCACUGACAUAUGCACCUCAGUGCAAAGCAGAAAGCAUAAUAUAAUUCUAAUAUGAUAUUUGCCCAAAUUCAUGACAUGGGUCUUUCCAUGAAAAUGGGGCACAAAAUGUGCCAUUUCAUCAUAACUCAAUACUAAUUAUACUAUACAUUGUUGUAGGCUUUGCAUUUGUAUUAAGACCAUACAUUUUACGGGAAAUUUGGGGCCAUUUAGAUUAAUUUUCCAUGAAGUUAUUAAGCAAAACAGUGUAUAAUGCUGUUUAGUGGACAUGGUGUCUAUGUAGCAUCAGGAUAUUUACAUGUAAGUUAAAUUAAUGCAAUUGGACUGACUGAAUCUCGAAAAAAUACAUACAUUUACUUAUUAAGUCAGUUAGCUAAAUCCCCAGAUUUCUUAUGCAUAUUUUCAAAAGAAAAAUUUAACAUUGUCACAUUUUGUUGACACAGAGUAGCACAGUGACAAUAUCAUGUCUUAUGAAAAUAGAACUAUAUGCAAAGGAAAUCUGAGGUGUUUAGCUACCUGACUUAACAAGUAAAUGUGCAUAUUGUAACACGUGUUGGUCAACGUUAUUGCCAUAAUUUUACUUUUAGGUCAAAAUGUUAAUAUUUUGAUGUCACAUGGACACUGUUUGCCUGUAACAGCAUCAUUUUCUAUUUUGCUCAAUAACUUCAUGAAAAAUUAGUCUGAAUGGCCCCAAAUUUCCAGUAAAAUGUAUGCCUUUAAUCUAAAUGUAAAGCCUACAAACAAUAAAUACACAGUACAAUCAGUCUUGAGAUUUUUUUAUUUUUUUUUUCAUCAGUCUUGAGUUAUGCUGAAAUGACAAUUUAUGCCCCAAUUUCAUAAUUGAAUAGCAGUAGACCUGCCUCUGCAUCUUAUUCUUUUGUGUUGCAUCCCAUUAACUUUGUACAUUGAAUUUGGCUUGGGUUUGUCAUGCACUAUCUGAACUUGUCUUUUAGCUGCCAUAAACAACAGAUUUUCAUUGAUUUUAUGUUUCUAAUUUUGAUAUUCAGAGUUUUUCUUUUAAUUCAGGAUCUAGACUACCAGGCAAUUUUAUUUUUUAUGUUCUUAAUCAAAUCUUAUUCUCAUAGAUGUGCAUUGUUAUCAAUCAUGUCCGACAUAACAUGCCAUGAUUAUUGAGUGUCUUCACAUAAUUCUUUGCAGACUUUUUCCCCAAGUAGUGGAGGAACUUCUGUUGCAUCAUUAUUUUCCUGCCUUUUAAAGCGUGAAGUUUGAUUAUUAUGUUUAAAAAAAAAAAAAAAAACUUUUGUUUUUAAGAACAGAUUACUUCUUAUAGGUUGCUCUCCAGCUCUCUCAAGUCUAUAUAAAUCUGGUCAACUUGUCACUAAAUGUGGCUUCUACAUAACAAAAAAAUAUGUUUGUGUUAUGUACAAAAUAAAUUGUAUGAUAUGUAUUAUGAUAUCUUGUUAUCUGAAAAUAAUGUUUGUAAAUAGAGUUGUAUAUGUAUAUAAGAUUAGGGAUUCAAAAGAUGAAGAGGAUGUCACAUAAUUCAGCUUUACUGAGUGUAGGGGCCUACAAAGGGAGAAAAUACACAAGGGCAUUGAGAAAUUCAAGUUCAUAAAGCCCUUGAUGAACACUACACACAUGCCACCCCUUGGAAAGAGAACCAAGAAAAAUAAUAAAAGUAAUAAUAUAUUUGAUGAAUUUCUAAAAGAGUAAGAAUAUACACAUAUAUUUCUGGAUGCUGAAACUCACCUGGCCUUAUAUCUCGAGAAAUGCUUUUGACCGAUAUGUCAAGGCACUAAUCUCUGAAGUACAACUUUUGGCCAUUACCAGGCCAAGGGCAAACUUUGAACACGGUAAUAAAGCUUUAGUAGUAACUGGGAAAAAACCCCACAGUGAAUAAAGAGAUUUGCAACUCAGUGUUUGACAGUGUGUUCAGUAUUUGAAAACUUCCAGACUUAAUCUGCCACAACGCUAACCCUUCAUGGAUUUUGGAGAUGACAUUUUUAUGUUUUGCCAUUGAAUGUGUUAUUCCCUUAUUCUUGACUCUAAAAGAUUCCUGGAUUUCCUUCCUACCUUUUGUAAAUAUUGUAUCACAUUGAUUUAGGGCUCUUAAUCCAUUGAGUUUCAUUUUUUCAGGUGUUGUUUCCCUUACACAAGUUAAUAAAUCAACUGUUGUACCAAUCCCCUGCAUUUUCCCCUUCAGUUUUUUUAAAGUUUACUUAAAAGUAAAGUUUAAAUGAAAUUUUAUUUGGUAAAUAUUUCUAUUAAGAAAUAUUAUGAAUUAUCUGAAUAAUUACAGAUUAUUAAAAAAAAUUAAGAAAGGACCAAUUUUAUUGAUUUCAUGCACAUUCAAAUGUUUAUCAUUAGACCAUUGCCUUCUAAGAGGUUUUUCAAACAUUUUAAUGAUUUCUUUAGAAAGAGCUGAGUUAGACCAGCCUACAGGUGUUUUUUCAUGUGAUAUUAUAUUUGCAUCAGAUUUUGACCAGGGGCUCAUUUCAUAGUCUUAACUAUGGUAACUUUGCCAUUAUGACAACCACCAUGCUAAAACAGCUCAGCAGCCAAUCAGAAUCAAGGAUUCUUUGUUAUGAUGAUAAAGCUACCAACCAUUAGUUUAAAAAAUGAGCUCCAGAUUGGAUUAUGGUCAGGACAGAGAGAUAGGUAGUUUGAUAUUAAAAGCAUUAUUUCACAUAGGUUUUAGGAGCUUGUGUCAUUCACCAUUAUAUCAUCUGGGGCACAUUUCAUAAAGGAUUUGCAACUGUUGUAACUUUGCCAUGAAGGCAACUACAGUGGUAACGGCUUAUCAGCCAAUCACUAUCCAGGUUACCAUGGUCUUUGCCAAUGGCAAAGUUACUAUACAUAGAAUACUUUAUGAAAAGGACCCCUGUUAUAGUGUUUAUACUUUACAUGAAAUCCUAUGAUGUAUUGUGGGAUAUUGCAUAUUUCUAGUUGCUUGCAGGGAUGUCCAACUCGAUCAGUUCAUUCUUAUUAUUUAGUAGUAAAAUCUCUUUCGUAACAUUUAAUGAAGUUUUCAGGUGAAUGAAAGGUACAUCUUUUUUAAGCAUCAAUAUUUUUCCAUAGAAAAAUGGGUUUUCUUGGUCUUGAUAUAAUUAUAACUUUUCAUGUGGACUGCAAUGUUAUAUUGAUAAAUAAUUGGCAUCAUAAAAUGUAUGUCUAGUUUGAACAUUUCCAGUUGAUUGGUAUACUCAGUAGGAAAGAUAGGAUGUCGGUGUUCUCACUCUAGAUUGUAAUUUUGAAGUUUGUUGAUUAAUCGGAAGGUUGAAAACUCCAUUUUUAAGUAAUGUUUUGAAGUAAGAUUAUAUUUAAUACUGCCAAAGGAGUUGCUAUUGCAUAUGAGAUCAUAUGUAAUGUUGACAUAUUCAAUCUGGUACCCACAAUGUUCUACUUGUCUUUUCACCCUAAUUUGUGAAAAUGUAUGUUCUGCUUCCAGUAAUUUUAAAUUAUAAAGAGUAUACAAUUCACUAAUAUGAAUUAGCUAUGAAAAUGUGUUACAAUGUGAAACACACAUACUGUUCUUGAUGUUGGUAAAAUUUGAGAAUAAAGGAUAGCUGAUGUGCCGUCAGAUACAAUAUGUAAACCUGAAGAAUUAAAUAGUAUGUUUUUUACGGCAUUGUGAAUUCUAUUAAAUGACAAUAUUUUACACGGUCAUAUUUUCUCCCUUUUGCCAAUGGAUGAUUUCAAAGUGGAUUAUAUGUAUAUUACUUAGAUAAGAAAUUACCUAGCAAGUAUGCUUUCCUGUAAUUUUCUGCUAUUUGUAAAAUACAUUGCCUGCAAGGUACCCUUAUUUGCAUUGUUGGAAUAAAAAGCUGAUGUAUUGUGGCAUACCA